GCAGGGCGCCUUCCUUCCAGCAGGGGGCAGCAGUGACACACACACUCACACUCACACAGAGGAAACGAAAGUGAAACCCUCCAGCCGGCGGGUCGCCCCCCGCGUGGGACAAGGGCAAAUCUGGCCCCACUCGGGCGCACUCCCCCAAGCCCCAUGGCUGAUCAGACCCCCCCAGAGAGCGACCGGCGUCCCGCCGACUUCACGGAGGAGUACGACGUCAUCACCGACGAGGACAUCGCGGAGAUCAGAGACGCCCUGGAAGGGGGCCGGCUGGACGAAGCCGCCGCCAAGAUCCUGGAGAGCCUGGAGGACUUGGAGAACGCCCCGCUGGACAUUGCCGUGACGGGGGAGUCUGGCUCCGGCAAAUCCUCCUUCGUCAACGCCGUCCGCGGCCUGCGGGACGAUGACGAGGGAGCGGCCGCCACGGGGGUGGUGGAGACCACCACGGAGCCGACGCCGUAUCCCCACCCCACGCACCCCAACGUGACGCUGUGGGACCUGCCGGGCAUCGGCACCCCGGACUUCCAGUCCCACGCCUACCUGGAGCGGGUGGGCUUCCCCCGCUAUGAUUUCUUCAUCCUCAUCGCCUCCGAACGCUUCCGGGCCAGCCACGUCCAGCUGGCCCAGGAGAUCCAGAAGAUGGGCAAGCGCUUCUACUUCGUGCGCUCCAAGGUGGACGCCGACCUGUACGCGGCCAGAAAAAGGCGGCCGGCGAGCUACAGCGAGCAGGGGGUCCUGACGCAGAUCCGGGACGACUGCUGCCGGCGGCUGCUGGCCGAAGGGGUGGCUUCCCCGACUGUCUUCCUCCUCUCCAGCUGGGAGCUGGGCAGCUACGACUUCCUGGCGCUGGAGGAGACCUUGGAGAAGGAGCUGCCUGCUCACAAGAGACACGCGUUCCUCCUGGCUUUGCCCAACCUUUCGCUGAGCAUCCUGCAGAGGAAGAAGGAAGCCAUGCAGAGGCAGAUCUGGAAGCUGGCCGCCAUCUCCUGUGGCGUGGCUGCUGUCCCCAUCCCGGGGCUCUCGGUGGUUUGCGACGUGACCAUCCUGGUCAAAACCCUCUCCGAGUACCGCCAGACCUUCGGCUUGGACGACGAGUCGCUCUGCAAGCUGGCCGAGAAGGUGGGCAAACCCGUGGAGGACGUCAAGGAGGCCAUCAGGUCGCCUCUGGUCAGGGAGAUCUCCAGGGACCUGGUGCUGAAGUUGCUGACCAAAGCCGGAGGGGGGGCGCUGAUGUUCAUAGAGUACCUGGCCAGCACGGUGCCAGUGUUUGGGUCCAUGGCGGCCGGGGGGAUCUCCUUCGGAACCACCUAUUACAUGCUCCGCAGCUUCCUCGAGGAAGUUGCCAGGGACGCCCACAAUGUCCUCAUCAAGGCCUUUGAGACGGAUGUUUGAAGAGGGACCAGGGAGCCCCGCGGUCGGGGCGAGGGGGGGUCUUGGCCAUGGCACUGAGCUCAGUCCACCGGCCAUGGCAGAAAUCCCCACGCGGGAGAGAUUUCGGAGCCGGAUCCUCAGCGAGAGUAAAUCGGUGUUGGGUCGAUGGACACUGGCUGGGGAGUCAGCUGGUAUCAGAGCAGCAUGCGACUCGCUGGCCUCCACGGGCUCUCCAGACCUGUCCCCAGGGGCACCUGGUCCGUGCCAGCUGUGCAGUCUCCCCCCACGGAGGGGGAAAGCAAACCAGGGGGGCACGGGAGGCCACGGGCUGUGGUGCUAUUUUGGGGCCCUGCAGGGGGCGCCUUGCGGCUCCCAGUGGAGGAUUGUGGGAGCUCAGCGCCCCUGGUCUGGGAUCAGCCUCGCUUUGGUGCAAUCAGGGAACGGUUCAGCAAAACGUGGGAUUGUUUUGCAGGUGGUUGAUUAAAAAACAAAUUUUAAAUUAAA